AUGUCAUCCACAAUCUAUACAGGACUCUGGACAGACUGGAGCCGCGGAAGAGUCGCAGGCGCAACUAUUACACUUUCAUCUCGCGGUGCGGGUUUCCUUCUUGCCUUCAUUGCGGCCUUCGUCACUGUCAUCGCCUCUAGACUCUGGCGCAUUUUGAGCUUUGCAGCAUAUCAUGCCCUUGCAUCAAACGGCAGACACGACGGUCUGCAUUAUCAACGCCAAUCUGUCCUUCGAAAUACCACGUCUCCCAUGGGUGCUGCAUGGGUAUUUCUCUUGCAGUCGUGGCAUUGGCGUGGGGUGGCGAAUCGAUCGUUUCAAAGGACUUUUCCGUGGGCGGCAUUUGGGGUGCUGUAUGUCAUCGCCUUCGGAAUCCUUGCAGUAUUCUCUUCUCAAAUAUCCGAUUCUGCAACCGAAUACAGACUUGUUAGCUCAGGAAAUUGCGGGCUUGCCAAUGUGAGCGACAGGGAUGCGCUCCAGAGUAAAGAAGCCUACGACAACCUCCAAGCGGGAAUCUACUCUCGACAGUGCUACCAGAGUUCUCCGGGAAGCAUGUGUCAAGCGUUACCCGCACCGUCGCUUUCGUGGACUAACGAGUCUGUCACCUGCCCCUUUGCAGACAGAAUUUGCCUGAACAGUUCCGUCCUCAAAAUGAAAUCCGAAAUGAUCGACUCUCAUCUCCAUCUUGGGAUCAACGAACCCAAACGCAACCGGAUCAAAUACAAAAGAGAAACCAUAUGCGCGCCUUUAAUUACUCAACCGGGAUUUGUCCAGUUUGUGACCGGAGCAGAGGCUAAGAGGCUGAAUUGGGAGGACAAUGAACUCAUCAGGUACCUAUAUGGCCCUGUGAGUGAGAACAAUUACACAUACGCCUACAGUACAAGAGGAAGAGAGAUGAAUAUUGGCUACUCGGUCUGGGUAUAUUACUCAGUGGGUGGGAGCAUUGGCGCGCUAUGGAGACCUAUAAAGGAGUUGGACGUUGGUGAUGGAGACAUCUCGCUGUUUAUGAUUGCUCCCAACUCCGUCCGCCAUCUGCGUCUCAAUUCCGAUCCCGUAUUCGGAGCAAGAAUUUUCGAUCAAUCCGCUCCGAUUGAAGCGUAUCUCCCUGAUCGCUGGGUCAGCCCGAUUGCCUGCGUCGAUACACACCAGAUCUGCAACCCAAAUAACGACAAAUGCACCCCGCUGCAAGGUAGCAGCCAGCUCGUGACGAGUUUUAGGGGUUCAGAUCUUGCUCUGAACAAAGUGCAGCUGGUAACUGCAGAGCGACUGGGUUGGAACCUUGGGUUGUCAAGCUUUUACCGCCUGGUAUGGACUCGCACACAAAACUUUCUCAAAGCGCAGGAGCUCGUCGCCGGCCUGACGCAAUUACCACUACCCCCAAAUCAAUGGGAGAUUGAGAUGAGCUCCCUCUUUGUGGAUGCACUAUCCAAGUUGCAGCACCAAGUCGUCGAAUUCGCCACAGGUCCGGCGGCGCCUACAAAUAUCAGUAUUCUCAGGCCCUGGGUUGCCCCCGAGGGUUCGACUACGGAAGACCUCCCGUUCAACAACGCCUUUGAGCGGAUGUGUCACAAGCAGAGAACAAAGGUAACCGAAGGGACGGUGAACUUUUCAGUAGUGGGAUUUUUCGUUCUUUUGGGACUCGGGCUUUUGAUCACGGUUAUCUCAUUCUUUCUGGAGUCUAUUGCAGCAUUAUUCCAAAAGAAGAGAACUCAGGGGGUGCAAGAGGUUAAAGGUUGGGACCGUGAUGAAUCUCUUCAGGUAAUGAAGAGUCUCUUCGAGCUGAAGGGGGCGGGCAAGUGGAAAGGGCCAGUAGACAAAUUUCCAAUCACGCAAACGGGAGAAAGGUUUGAGUACAACACCUAA